AUGGAGAGAAUACAGCUCGGCGUAGCUGCGAUGGAUCGUAAGGCACGUAGCAAGCCCAUGCAAAACAUCCUCAACCGUCUCAUCAGUACCAAGGAGUUUGACGUCACCAUCUUUGGUGAAAAAGUGAUCCUCGACGAACCCGUCCAAGAUUGGCCGAUCGUCGACGUUCUCAUUUCGUUCUUCUCGACUGGCUUCCCGCUUGACAAGGCGAUCUCGUACGCCGAUCUGCGCAAACCUGUGCUCGUCAACGAUCUUCGUCUUCAGCAGGUGCUCUGGGACCGAAGAGCCGUCUUGUCGAUUCUCGACAGCGUAGGUGUGCCUACGCCUCGACGUUUGGAGGUGGAUCGCGAUGGUGGGCCUGAUUUGGAGGACGUCAUCCUUCAAGACCUUAACAAGCGUCUAGGCGUCGAUUUGAAAAAGGACAGGCAGCCCAAACCGUGCAAGUUGGACGGAUACGAUCAUCUCAUCAUCGGCACCAACCGAAUCUCUAAGCCAUUCGUAGAGAAGCCGGUAUCCGGCGAGGAUCACAACAUCCACAUCUACUUUGCCCAAAACAGAGGCGGUGGCGGCAGGAGACUGUUCCGUAAAGUGGGCAACAAGUCGUCCGAGUACGAUCCCAACCUGGUCGAACCACGCACCGACGGCUCGUACAUCUACGAAGAGUUUAUGGACGUCGACAAUGCCGAGGACAUCAAGGUCUACACGAUCGGACCGCACUUUGUGCAUGCAGAAACGCGAAAGUCACCCGUCGUCGACGGCGUCGUCAAGCGCAAUCCAGACGGCAAAGAGAUUCGCUACAUCACCAAACUCAGCGACCAAGAGAUCAAGAUGGCCACCUCGAUCUCGAUGGCGUUCAAGCAGAACAUUUGCGGGUUUGACCUUCUUCGCGUCGGAGGCAAGAGUUACGUGAUCGACGUCAAUGGCUGGAGCUUUGUCAAGGGCAACGAUUUUUACUACGACAAGUGCGCCGAGAUCCUCAGCCGUUUCUGUAAGAACAACGUCGUUCGACGACCCAUUGCCAGUUCGACGAGCGGCUUGGCGAGUGCCAGCCCGCGCGAGAGGGAACGUUCCGCCUGGAAUCUCAAGGCUUCCGUCACCGUGUUUCGGCAUGGCGAUCGAACGCCUAAACAGAAGCUCAAGCGUUCGUUUAAACCUGGCGAUACAUGGACUGCUCCGCUGAUUGCCCUCCUCCAGGGUCGAAGGCAAGAGAUUAUUCUUCGCACCCAACUCGAUCUCGUCUCGAGCGCCGCCUCGGAAGCGCUUGCUCUACCUGGUGCCAACGUGCAAGACCUCGAACUCAUCAUUCAGCUUAUCGACCGCAAAAAGGAUCUCCCCGGAACCAAGGUGCAGAUCAAACCGAGCUUUGACAGCGACACGUGCGAGCUCGCCAAGAUGCAGCUCAUCAUCAAAUGGGGUGGUGAAUUCUCGCACGCUGCACGUCACCAAGCCAAGGAACUCGGGAACAACAUGCGCAAAGACAUGAUCAUCAUGAACGCCGAUGCACUCUCCAACUGCACCGUCUACACUUCGAGCGAACGACGUGUCACGGCGUCGGCCGAAAUCUUUGCGGCGGCGUUCCUGGACGAGUCGAGCGGUGAAAAGGAAAUGAUCAUCCGUAAAGAUCUCUUAGAUGACAGCAAUGCUGCCAAGGACGUGAUGGAUGUGGUCAAGAAAAAGCUCAAGGCUUCGCUCCGACCGGAUUCGCCCGAGGCGAAUCAGGUACCGGACGACUGGCCCCAAGACUUGCCGCCUCCUGCUAAACUCGCGUUGGAGAUCGCCGGCUUGUUGGCCAAGUUGAGGCAAACCAUGCGUGCCAACUACAAGACAUUGGCGAAAGGAAUCGAUCGUGUGCAGACGAGAUGGUGCACGCACGAGACGCCGCAAUUGUUCCGUGAGCGUUGGGAGAAGCUGUUUAACGAUUUCGAGGAAGACCCGCACGAUCCGUCGCGUUCCAGUGAACUUUACGAUAUGUUGAGCCAUGAUGGACUACAUAAUCGACAGUUUAUCGAGAGCGUGUUUGCGGAUCCGGCGGUGACGGCAGCCGAUGUGGAUCAACGCUUGGUGGAUCUGCACGAGCUGUAUCGCAAGGCGUUGGCCUUGUUCUCGUUCAUUUGCCCGAGAGAGUACGGCAUCACGGAUGCCGAAAAGGAAGAAAUCGGCUUUCUCACCUCGAUGCCGUUGCUCAACAACAUUGUCCAAGAUCUCAAAGGUGCUAAAGAGUCGAAUGGCAUCUGCAGUCUUUACUUUACCAAGGAAUCCCACAUUCACACGCUGCUCAAUCUCGUUCUUGCCUCGGAACUCAACGUGGUUAUGCCCAAGACUCCACCUCUCGACUACUUUGCCAGUAUCACGUUUGAGGUGUACGAGCGCAACUCGACGUCGACGAGCACGGCGUCUUCGACCAAUACGUCGACGUCUACGCUCGACAAUUCGGGUUCGAGUACGUCGCUGAGCGCUCCGUCGCAACAGUACUCGCUGCUAAUCAGUGUCUCGGAAGGCGCGCACUCGAGCAAUAUUCUCAGCAUCAACCUCGACGCACGACACGCGCUCACCCCGCUCCCGCGUAGACCCCUUACCACGCACAUGGACUUUGACGACGCAAUGGCCAAACUCGAAGCUCAUAGCUCCAGAGACAGCAGGGUCGACAGAGGCAUGGUCGAAGGCUCCACCGUCUUCUUCGGUCAAGACGACCCAGACCGCCAGUACAUGCCCAUCAAGAACCGACGCGACAGUGUGGAUACCGAUCAGAGCUCCGUUCGUCAUGCCUAG